AUGAUUAUGAGAACUUUCUUGGUUGCUGGCUGCUACAGCCUACCGGUGACAGAGUGUUACAAAAUCUUAGUUGAACCUUGGAGGCUGAACCUUGCUGGGUCAACUUGUCUUAGUAUGUUACCCGGCUGA